AUGAUAAUAAUAAUAUUGGCAUAUUUGCUGAGAGUAAUAUCGGCGAAUUUUGCGACAACAUUUGAAUGUAGGCCAGGAAUAGAUACGAAGAAGGCCGAUCCUUCCGAUAAUAAAACAUACUUUUAUUGUGAUAUUGAUGGGCAAUUUUUGAAGCGCAAUUGUCCAGAUGAUAAAUGGUUUAAUGCAACAUUAUUGGAAUGUGUAAAUGAAUCAGAAGUAGCAAAUGAUAUCGAUCCAUUCUUAUUACCUCAAUUUCAAGCACCUGAUGACCUUUGUGGUGGUGGCAUACCAAUGACUCGUUUAAGUUCGCCAGUUAUUUGUAAUCCAUCAGUUAUUAGUUGUCCAGAUGGAUAUGUUUGUAAACUAUAUGCAAAAACGGGCACCGCAUACUGUUGUCAAGGUGGAAGCGAAAUGAUGGAAGCUAAUGAUGAGGAAGAUUAUUGUCCGGAUAAUCAAGUAACUUAUUUUGAGACAACAAACGGUAAGCCACGAAGUUGCUCAUUAUCAUUUUUCGACAGUUCUUGUCCAACAGGUUUUAAAUGUACAGUAGUACGACAUAUUACCACCGAUAAAUCAAUAUCUCGAUGUUGUGGUAAAAAUUUUGGUUGUCCACAAAAUUCCGCGGCACAAAUCAAUCCUAUCACUGGUUCUUAUGUUUCAUGCUCCACUAAAUCAGUAAAUUCAUGUCAAAAUGGUUUUGUAUGCGUUCGAAGUACUACUUUUGAGACAACAAUUUGUUGCUCUGAAACAAAUUCAAUGUCACAUAAUUUUUGUCCGGCUGGUAAACCAUUAAAUAAUGGUGCAACGGAAUGUUCGGAGAAAAUACCAUGUCAUAAUGGAUAUUCUUGUGUAACAAAUGGAAUUACAAAUUAUUGUUGUCCAUCACAUGAACAAAUUUGCACAUUACCACGUAAAAUUGGUAAUUGUUGGCGUAAAGAAUCAAAAUUAUCUGUUACAAGAUAUUAUUUUGAUAUUAAAACAGGUGCUUGUCGAUCAUUCAAUUAUAGUGGUUGUGGUGGUAAUGAUAAUAAUUUUCUUACCUUGGAUCAAUGUCAUGGAUUUUGUCUUGCUCAGCAAUGUAAAGUUGGAGUAGCAUACCGUAUGGAUGCAUUAAAUGCCGCAUGUUCACCGUAUAUGUCAAAUACAUGUCCAAAGCAUUUCACAUGUCAUGAGCCAUUUUUUGGACCAGUAUCAAUAUGUUGUCCUAAUCCAGAGAUAGUAUGUAAGGAAAUGCCAUCUGCUGGGACAAAUUGUUUUGGUCAAAGAGUAGCCAUUCAACGAUAUUAUUUCGAUCAAACAAUACAACAAUGUCGACCAUUUGAAUAUUUCGGAUGUUCUGGCAAUAGUAACAAUUUUCGUAAUAAAAUGGAUUGUGAAAAUUAUUGCAUAACUAAUAAUGAUAAAGUAUGUGACGGUAGCGCUCCAUUAAAAGAUCCAAGUGGACGCUUACAAAAAUGUGCAUCAUCUAUGGCAUGUCCAUCCGGAUAUACUUGUAAUGCGGAACAAUACUGUUGUCCAACAUCUGAAUUUGCAUGUACAGUAUCAAUGAGUAGUGGACGGUCAUGCGCAAAUGGCAUGCAACGCGCAGCAUGGUAUUAUAAUGCAAUUACUGAAAAUUGCAUGCAAUUCAUGUAUUUAGGUUGUGAUGGUACGGCAAAUCGUUUUGCAAGUCAACAAGCAUGUAUGACAUUGCGCUAA